AUGUUGCCUAGGCUUAACUUUAUAGAUAGGGUGGACGGUAGGCCGCACAUUUUGUCGUCAGAUUUUAUCUUUGGGACGUUGCUGUUGAAUAAGUCACCAGUUCUUGAAAGUUUUCAUCUCGAAAGAGAUUGUGAGUGCAGCGCUUCGCAGAUUGAGUUAUGGGUCAGAUUUGCAGUUGAUCGUUUCGUGCGUGAUCUGAGUAUAGCGUUUAACCUUGACAGGUGCGUUGUGAGAUUUCCGAGUAGGCUGUUUAGAUGUGAAACACUCGAGACCUUGCACCUCCAAAAUGUCAUUCUUUUGAAAGUUCCUUCUUGGGUUAGUUUUCAAUCCCUUAAAACAUUGCGUCUUGUAGCUGUCAAGUACGCAGACGAAGAAGUUUUCCUCAGGCUUAUAUCUAGUUCCCUUGUUCUUAAAAAUUUGGUUGUGGGGAGUUGUGAGGACGAAAAUGUAAAGACUUUUACCAUUAAUGUGCCUUCCCUUCAGAGUUUAACCAUUUGGACAAAUGAGGAAUAUUACAGGCUGUUUGUGAUACAUUCUCAUUCUUUGAAAGAGUUGGAUAUUGAAAAUGAGUAUGGUGAAGUUAAAUUUAUUGGUGAUAUGCCCGAGCUUGUCAAGGCAAGUGUUAAGACUUAUGAAAGCAAAGGGAAUGUUUUGAAGUGUCUUACCUUUGUCAAACGGCUUUCUCUAACACACUUUGGUUCUAAGGUCCAGUAUCAUAUUGGUACCAUUUUCUCUCAGCUUGUGUGUUUGGAUUUCCGCGGAUUUUGUAACAACUGGUGGGAUUUGCUUGUAAAUUUGCUCCAACAUUCCCCUAGACUAGAGAUUCUCAAGUUUGAAGAUGAUGGAGAGGACGAGUUGGAAGAUGACAAGGGUUGCUGGAUUCAGCCGAGUUGUGCUCCUGAAUGUUUGUACCAUCUCAAAACCUUUGAGUGGAGAGACUAUGAAGGAAAACCAAUACAGAAACAAGUGGCUGUUUAUAUUCUGAAGAAUGCAAGUCGAUUAGUUACCGCAACUCUCCGCUUUGACCCAUACAUGGUGAGCAAAAAGGCGUUUAAGGAAUUAGAAUAUGCAACCAGGGGUUCAAGAGCAUGUGAGCUUACCAUGAUGUGCUGAA